CAGGAGCUGAUCAUGGCAGGUACCUGACAGGUGUUGGCAGGUACGGUGGACGGCAGUGGAAAUGGGGUAUUUAAGGCACUUCUCGGGUGGGCUCAGGCAUUCAAGCAACCAUCCCACCAACCCACCGCAAAUUCAAGCCGUUUCAGCCGUCUUCUUCACAGGGGAUUCAAACACUUCCAUGCUCCCAACCACAGGAAAGGUUGUCGACGAAAGGGAUCCUCCGUGGUACAUACAAGCUUCGGCACUCCUCACGAGGGCAAAAUGUCGUUGCUCGAGCAUGCUCGGGCUCUCUCCCGCGAUGUCUUCAUCUACGAUCUCCGAGAUUUCGACACCCUGCUUGGCGGCCUAUCCCUCAACGCCGGUGUGACCAACGCCAACUUUUACGCCAUGGCUGAAAUCAUCAUCGAGAUCUCGCCCCCAGGCCCCUUUUUUCUCCAAGACGAAAAUGGGGAGACAGUCGCCCAGGAUACGCAACCUCUCAGACCUGGGAGGUAUUUUGUCGUAGCUGACGGCACUGUUAAGCAAACCACCGAGGUUCCUCUCAUCCGACUCAGAUCUUUCCCGACGGGAUCGCGGGUCCAAGCAUUCACAAACGAAGUCCGAGAGCGAGACGGAGGUUGUGCCGUAUCAAAGACAGAAAACCGAGCCAAGCAGUUUGACUUUUGGAAAGGUUUCGAGGCUGCGCACAUCUUCCCUCUGGCAUACGAAAAGCAAUGGAACGAUCAGGGUUGGAGUCGACAAAUCACGAUCCUGCCGACUCGAAGGACUCACGGGACCAUCAAUUCCGUGCAAAACGGCCUGCUCCUCCGGAAUGAUAUACACGACCUGUUCGACGCCUACGCCUUCUCUAUUAACCCUGAUGAUGGUCAUAAAAUCGUUUUUUUUCAGCCAGACAACUACCAUCUUUCAGGAACUUUCCUGGAUGCUCGAUUCCUCGAUGACCCGCGGCGGCCUCCAGACUCGCUUUUGCGAUGGCACUUCCGGCAGGCGGUCCUCACGAACAUGAGGGGCGCUGGAGAGCCCAAUUUCGAGCACGACUUCCCGCCGGGCUCCGACAUCAUGGGAGAAAUCCGGCGUGGACCCAAGGCUGCUGAGAGAAUGGAGUUUGAGCUGUUUGACCGGCUUGCCCAUCAUAUGGAUAUAUAUUCCGAGGAGCAGCAGGCGGACGUGGAUACCGAUGAAGAUGAGCAUGAAGUGUCCACGGAUGAAGACGAGCAUGACGGCAAUGUUUCGACAAGCGCUAGCUCUAUUGAUUGAACGAGGCCGCCUCGGCUUGCCCUGGGAUAUUAGCGUCCGCGAGGGAGGCUGAGUGAUACGGACAUGGCUGACCCGUGGCUUCGCCGUUGGCGAUGUCCAGCAGGUCACCAAAAAAGCAAACACCUUUUCCAAACAGCCGCGACCAGGAUAGAAAAAGUAUGACAAGGGUGAGAUUCGAACUCACGCCCCAUUUCUGAGACCAGGAAUGCUCAUAGAGCGAAUUCAGGUGGGCCUGAACCUGGCGCCUUGGACCGCUCGGCCACCUUGCCGCUUUCGAUGUGGACGGCGAAUGGAGUACGGAGCCUCCACUAAUGGGGGAGUCCAACCGUCCAGUAGGCUGCUUGCGCGGGGCAGCCAUAACAGCAAUGACGUCUGCCCGCUGCGGCUUGG